AUGUCACUAUACGUUAAUGAACAACAGGUUAUGAGCCCAGCCUCACAGCAGGUCAAGAUCGCUGAAGGUCUUAUUAUUACGGUAUUGACCCAGGACAAUUACACUGUCUGGGCAAACCAAAUGGAGGCCGCCUUCGAAACUCUGGAUCUAUGGGAAUCUCACAUCAUAGGUGAACUUCCAGAAAAGAUCGAGCGCGACUACAAAUUAAAGGAAUUCAAGGCAAGAGGAAUCUUGCAGGCAACAGUGAGCAGUAAAUUCAAGUUUAUGCUCUGUGACAGUAAUGGAGUACAACUUGACGCCAGGAAAAUCUGGGUCGGACUCAAGAACCAUUAUGUUGACUACUGUGAAAGAUCGCUGACGCGAUCAGAGGAAGCCAUGGCAAAUCUGCAGUACGAUCCCAGGAAGGGAGUCGAGGAACUGUACAACACUAUGACGAGUCUACGUCAUAAGAUUGCAGCGGCAAAUAUAUUUUGGGGUGAGAAAGUGUUUGCAUCAAGGGUGAUGGCAAAACUUGUUUCCAAGAGCAGAGAAUGGCGCUAUUUCGAAGGACAUACAGUGCGAUGGACCGACGAAAUGCUAAGCCCCAACAAAUUCCUGUCGGAACUCAUCGAGGAGGAGAUUAAACUCAUCAACAUGGGUGCACUACCGAGGCACGGUGUAGAUGACACCAUAUACGAGGCGAACUAUGCGUCUAGAAAUCAUAGGAACCUACGGAAAGGUUCAACAUCACAUGGGCCAAAUGCACACGGCGCAAAGCAAGGCAAUUCUAGUCGGGAUGACUAUUUUGCAGCAAACCAUGAGAUGGAUACUUAUUACCUAAUUGCAACAGCUAAUCACGCGUCAGAAGUAUUUAGAAAGCCCACAGACACUGCUGGCUGGCAUAAAAGGCUGGGGCAUAUAAAUGUCGAAUCGAUCAAGAACUUGGCCGACAAAUCGGAAGGUCUUGAUAUUAUACCGGGAAAGACCAAAGAGAGGUCUCAGUGCGGGGCACCAUUAUUUACUCAUAGCUACAAUUUACGCGGUGGUGGUGUUACACCGUCUGUACCUAUUGCGAUAGAUAAUGUGGUAAGUCCAAAAACACCAGAAACUCCAGGAAAUCCAGGAAAUCCAGAUUGUGCAAGUACGCCAAUUGGAGGGGAGUCAGAACCAGGUCGCCGACAAGUACCAAGAGUAGUACCGACUGCAAUGAAUACAGCGAAGAUGACUGUACCAGAUCGCGGGACCGAGGUCACAACAAGCGAUGAACGCAUAACUCAGGAGUUAUUAGGGCGUGGCAUCAGCAGGAAUAAGGCUAUCAAGACAUCGCUAAAUGAGUCGAGUCUAGCCGGUUAUAGGAAACCGAACCAGAAACCGAGAUCGAAAUCUCAAGGUUCGAGGAAAGCAGUUCAGGAACGUCCAGUUGACGUUAUGAACAGGGACAGAGCCACGAUGGCUGCUCCCACAGAAUCGACGGACCCAGACGGUCAGGAUGGGGUCUAG